AUGUUUUCUGACCCAUCCUACCGAUUUGAUGCGAAAACUGGGUACUUGAUCACGAAUCCGCGCGAACUAAUCCAUCAGUAUGCCACUACGACUCCCGUGGCUGUGAUGGAGGACAAUGACAACACUCCUGGAACAAUCACUGUUUCGAAGCACAGCAUGUCCAGAAGAGCGGAAGAAACCACGGAAGAACGGUUUUCACCGUACGUGCCCUACAAGAGCGUGAAUACUGUUCAGUCGCCGAUUAAGUUUACACAACAGUUGAGAGAUGAAACGAUGACUCGCACUCAGCGUGAGGCAAACACUCAUGUGGUUCCACUCAACCGUCACUCCUCUCACGCAGAAGAAAGGAUCAAAGAAAUUCCGAUGAAAACACAUGGAGCG